AAGGACUCUAGAACUCUAAAUAAAACCUACGCAUUAGCUUCUUUCUCAAAGAACAAAAACACAGAAGCUGUUGCCUUUCUUCUUCCACCAAACAUACUCCAUUACUAUCCAAACUUCAAUUCCAAAAAGCCAUGAAAAUCAACCACGAAAUCCAUUAAAAAUCAGCUCCAAUUCACCUCAAAUCAUCUCCGAACAUCCCAGAAAACGCAACUGAAGCAGCUGCAAAAACAGAACAAAAACCUAGACUAAAAAAUCGGCAGCCACCACCCAUCUCACCGAAAACCAACUUCAUCGCACUAAAUCUACACACCUCAGCCGCAUACCAUCAAUAAUUGGCGACGCACACCAAUAGAAAGAAUCUGCCGACUCCCACCUCCUAGAAAUAAAAUACUCCCAAAGUGUAGAUUUCUAAUUAAAAAGACACUUACAUACAAGAGGGCAAAGAAAGAACUUCAAAGAAUCGGAACAAUGGCAGGCCCUCUCUUUUCCUUUUGGAUUUAAUCGUUUCAAUCUCUGCUUUCCCCUUUGAUGUACUAUCUCAAAUGGCUAUUUAACCAAAGUUUUGAGUAAUCAAAAAUCCAUCCAAAUUCAUGCUCGAAGUUGACAAGUUAUUGCACUUUGAGUCAAACGACGAGGUUUCCGACCUGGAUUCCGUUAAUGAAAUUUCACUUUGGCUGUCAGAACGAUACUGUGUUGUACAAAUUCGCCUUUUGAAUAUUGAAGAAAGUUUAUUGAUUUGAGGGCUAUUGCUGUGGAUAAGGCAACGCAACAAAGAAUGCGACCUAGUGCUGCUAGGGUCAAGGUUAUUCUUGAUCUAUUAGAUAAACAUCCUAAAAAGGUCAGGCUGCAGAUUUUAGAUCGAGUUACAGGUAAAUCUGUCGUGUUCUAUCAAGAGAUAGUGUAUGACAACCUUCCUAAGUAUUGUACGUUUUGCAAGCAUCAAGGACAUGAUGAAAAGGCAUGUAUAAUUAAGAAAGAAAAAGCUGGAACAGAGGUGGUGGCAGAGGAGAAUUAUUUACAUAGUAAUCUGCCUGGUAAGGAGGUGUUUGCUGUUGACAAGCUACAAAGGGAUGCAAGGGAAUACUUAAACGCUAAAAGAGCUGGGCAAAUAACCAAGGAUGUACUAGAAAAAGAUGGAAAGCAAGGAGUUAAAGCAACAAAAGAAACAGUAGUUAGUCAGCGGGUGUUGCAAAUUGAAGGAGGAAAACACAUUGUUAAUGAAAACAAUAAGAAUGUAAUGCAAACUGUAGUUGAUGCCUCAAUGAUUGAUAAAGGUCCUCUUAAGCCUCCACGUGAUGUCCCUGCUAAAACAACAUUGGCAAGGAUUUUCAAUGUUGUGAAUCCAAUUCUGAAAGCAUACGACAAUUUGUCUUUUUCUAAUGCUACAGCUGUUUUGUCAACUAAUGAAGGCCCAAACGAUGCUGUUCAACCUGGGCUGAUGGAUGACACUGCUUUAGUUGCAACUGUUUGAGAACUCUAUGCCAAGAAUAAUCCAGCAAUAAAAGUUGCGUCAAAAGAUGCAAAUUUAAUGGAAGCUGCUGAUCGAGAUGCAAUACCAGGUCAAACUGGUGCAGCUUCUACUGUUUCGAAGUUGGAUGACAAUGCUGGAGAUAAUCUUGGAGCUGCAGAAGUUAAAAAUUUGAAGGCUACUGUUGCAUUGAAGGGAGCUUGGGAUCGAGAUACUGCUGGGGUCGCUGAACCAACAACCGAUCCAGCAACCAAUGCCAAGAAUCAUGAAAUAAAUGUGUUUGUAGGACAGAAAUCUGGAAUUGAAGCAGCUAUUACAUGUUCAAAUGUGGGGGCGACUAUUGCAUUGAACAUAACUGGUUAUCUAACUACUGUGGGGGAUCCUAAAACUAAUGUUGCAGCUGAUAUUGUUGGAAGAUCAUCAGGUAUCAAGGCUACAGUCGUACAUGUUGAGGGGCAGGUGUCGAAUAAUCCAAGGCAAAAUGCUACAGUUCCAUGCAACUCAGAUACAAAGAGCAAAAAGUGGGUAGUGGUGAAUAAAUCGACUAACAAGAAGCAAGCUACAGGUGCGCAAAAUCAUAUUGUUCCAUCAAAUGUUAUUGGGGUCUCGAACUCUUUUGAUGCUUUGGUGAAUGAGGGUGAGCAUGUUACGAAGGAGGCUGAAAAUACGGGGCAACAGAUGGAUGAUGACACACGAUCAAUAGUUGGAAAAACCAGCUCUACAGCUAUGCUGAUGAACACAACUUCAAAAAAUGGGCAACCACAAGCUCCAGGCAGUAACUCACAGCAGCAAACUUCCACAAACACAGGUGAUCGUAUAAUUAUUUCGAAUGACAUUAUUCUUGUUGAUGCGCAAAAGGCCGAAACACUGUUCCAAUGCUCUUAAGUUGCUUUUUUCCAAUCCAAAUGUUGAAAAAAUAAUCAAAGAUGCCCAGAAUGAAAUGAUGAUAAAGCAUACUUUGCUGAAACAACCGUUGGUAACCUUGAACACUUCCGUAUUUGAUACUCAAUCUGUGGAGUCGUUUGGGGAAUUUGAAGGUGAAUCUGGGUAGCUUGUGCUGUCAACUGGGAACAAUAAUGAGGUUAUCCAGUCAAAGGUAAAGGAAAUGGAUAUCAAUUCUAAGUUGUGGCAUCACCAAUGAGAAUAUGAUGAUGAAGAAGAUCGGGGUGAUGGAUUUGCUGGCUAUUCAUCUGAAGAAGGCGAGCAGGAGGAGUUUGAUCAGGAGAGUGCAGGAGAGGACCUUGAUGCUACAAUCAAGACAUAGUCCCAUGGGAAAACUACAGCACCUCCAACGAGCAAUUUGAAUUGUCAUGCACCUGCUUUCAUUCCCAGGAAUUCUCCAACUGGUGCUAAGCCAAAUGCUGCAACUGGAAGUUUACCUCAAGACAUAGCAACAUCUUCCAAACAUGUCACUCCAGGUGCUACUACCAAUUCUCCAACAAGAAGUUUAAAUCAAGCUGCUAUAACAGGCGAGGAGAAGAUUAAUACAGUUGAUCGAGGAAAAUCUGGGCAGGAGCUAAUGGUGACCACUGAAAGAUUGGAGUACAAUGCAACAACAAAUGUUGAGAAGCCUUCUUCAAUGGAUAUAUCAAGCCAACAUGCAGAACCAUAUUCAACUAUGACGCAGCAGCAACAACUCACUUCAAACACUUCAGCUAUUAUGCAACUUGGAGAUCGAAAAGCAGCAGCAACAAUACAAGUUGAGCAGCAGCAAAUUGUCACAACCAAUCCAGUCAUUUCAGCAGAGGAAAGAAAAUUAUUGGAUGCAAUGGUGAGUCCACAUCUAGUAAAACCUUUAAAUGUUGUUACUUGUAGCACUGGUCACAUGAGUAGAGGAAAGAACAAAUUGCAAAACACAGAACAAAGCAAGACAAUGGUGACAAAUACACAAGGUCAAUAUGCAUUGGAGACAAUUGUUAUCGACCAAAAUGUUCCACAACCAAUGCACCUGGGGAGAGACUUGUAUGAAGACGGAGAGGAAGAAGCAAUGUUACAACAGUGUAGAAAAGAGGCAGCAAGAAAAGGAGAUCUAUCACCAAUGCAUAGCGGCAAAGGUAAGAAGACCCAUACAAGGAAAAAUAGUUGGGACGACAAGGUUAGUAAUUUUUUAAAUGUUAGGCGACCUCUAAUGAGAGUUGCCAAACAAAAGAUGGCUGCCCCAACUACAUAUACAAAGUCCAAUCGUUCAAAAAGGAAAUCUUGAAUUUUGAAUACAUCUUGAAGAAUUGGGAUUGUGAUGAAAAAAAGUUACAAAUUGAAGAAAUUACAAGCUCGGACAAGAAGGGGCAACAUUUUAAUUCCUUCAUCAUUUUAUUCUACCAUUAUAUUAGCAUUCUCAUUUGUAAUAUCAUCACAGAGUAUGUUAUAAACUCUAUGAUGAUCAUUGAAUAUUUGGUACUUUUUAGUUCUUAUUUUUUACAUGCAUGUUAGUAGGUGAGGCUAUUUAAAGCCUCAAUAGGAAUAGUAAGGUAAGGUUUAGCCGGGUUGGUGUUACCUUGGUCCUAUGCCUUUGGAAAAUAUCCACACGGCUAUGAGAUUAUAUGCCCUCGUGAGACUAUGUCGGCAACUACCCCAUGAAUCCUCUACAUGAGGCUGCCAUCAUAAGGCAAUGUGAGGCUCAGAGGAGUGAUUAUAUAGCAAAGGCAUAUUGGUAACAAAACCGGUGCUAUUGUCUCCCUUAUUUGUACUUAUCCGAAUUGUUGUA